UAUUUCAACAUUGACAGCACAGCACAGACAGGGCUAAACGCUAACACAAAGCAGUUUGUAUUUUCUGUUUUUAUCAUUUAUACAGCCUCCUGCCAGUCCAGCAAUGGACGGAUCUGUCAGAGCACCUUCAGACGCCGCGGCCGGACCGCCUCCUUAUUUCAGAGGAAAUGAAAGCUCCCUAGUUUCAGCCCUCAAGACACUGCUGUUCUUCACUAUCCUGAUGGUCACGCUGCCCAUUGGACUGUACUUCGCAUCAAAGGCGUACAUCUUUGAGGGUUCGAUGAAGAUGUCAAGUUCUGACAGCUAUUUCUAUGCGGCCAUUGUUGCUGUGCUUGCUGUGCAUGUGGUUUUGGCUUUGUUUGUUUAUGUGGCCUGGAACGAAGGCACGCCUAAAGGGAAGGGCAAACAUGAUUAAGGCACGUCCAUAUGAGCUCGUAAGGCCGUAGGAGACGGACAGACACGGUUAUGGAUUCACAGGCUUCCCCCACCACCUCUCACCACCGUGGGCUCCAGCACUAAACAUGGCAACAUCUACCAACCAGACAGUUACAGGAUCUGGUUAGAGCUUAGGCUUUAAUCUGAGGUUAAAGCAUGAAUCCAUUGUAUAUGUCCUGGCAUCGGGGGGGGAGUUGGUGCCGUCGGGUUCUCAUCAGCCUCAGCAGGCCCCGCUUUUUGACGUUUUGUUUUCUGAAAAUGUUACUUUUGUUGACAGAGGACAGCCCAUAUUUUUUUAAGCGGCUUUCUUAUAAGCUGCCAUUUGGCUAAGUGCUGUUAAGGUCCCUUAACAGUGGAGAGUUUGUCGUGUAGGAAAACAUCUUGGGCUUUUGAUGACGCAUGCAUGUGCGCACACACAGGCACAGACACACACACACUGUAUGUACUUGUGUGUUUAUUAAGGAUGUGUUUCCAAAAUACUCCUCUACAUCCCUUCUGUGACAAUUUGUGCUUCUGAAUUGAUCACUCUGUCCUCAACUCAGCUCUUAUCUGCGUAAAUUUCAAGAUGAUUCUUAACUUCAGGAUAUACCCAUAAUGUGUUUAGAUUUCAUGCUGUAUUUUGGAACAAACUCUUCAUGAUGUCUUUCCCGUAAAAUAAUCCGAUUCAUCUGUUUGUCCUUGUAAACCACGUGUUUGUUUUUUCUCUCUGUUUUGAUGUGUUUGUGUACUGUAGUGAACCGAUACUCUGGAACUUUGAAUAAGGAAAUUAUUUCAAGAUCAGACUGUACAUAAUGUGAAUGUUUUGUAUUGAAGAUGUUUGGUGAGCUGGGGCAUCUAGAUGUCAUUGAAGUCAGUGUGACUCAGAUGAGAACAAUGACUUGCUCAAAUAAACUUGAAAAAUUGCGA